GCCCUGGUCUCGAGGAUGGACUUGCCUAUCGCGGUGCAACGGUUGGACAAGAGCUAUUGGCGGUGAAUACCCCGUAGUGCAGAGUCUACUGUGUAGGCAAGUGUCUGAGUACGGCCGGGAGGUAUGUCCUGCCUGUCAGUGUCACUCCCGUGUUGGGCUGUUUAUCGAGGAAAUCGUUAUCAAGGAGCAAGAUGAAGCGAGGGGUUCACAAACCAACUUGGCUUGCCUCCUGUGCGAUGCUAUCUUUUCAAUCUUGGGCCGUCUAUAAAUGAGGCGCCCAAUGCCCACCACCUAGACGCAAGCUUCGCUCUGAGAACCUUUGCCUUGGCUGAACGGAAAGUUGCACAACGAAGCAAUCCUCUUGGAUGAAGUACGCGCUCGCGAAAGCUGGAGAUCGCCGUGACGUACCUCGCGGAUGAACACAAAACACCAAAGUCCAACUCGGAAUUGGGUUCUCACGCACCAGCGACGUGUGGGAGGCCGGCGCGCCAGCUCGGCUCAGGGUCCUCACCACCUCGCGGCACGAUUUCAUCCCUUCAACUUACUCUCGAGUUGUUCCCCGAAAUUGACCAUCUUGCGAGCUCACCCAACCCAGGAUUACCUACAAACGGAGAGACUUGCAGCUUGAGGUGUCGUCACGGGUCGCAAUCCCGACAAGCUGAUUCCACCCCACCAACGGCUGCGAACUGCAGCUCCCUCCACUUUAUCAGCAAAGUCCCAAUCGAGACGUCGCGUGCGCGCAUUCCAUUCCUGUCUACUGUCUAGGUUCCUCAAUCCCUACCUUACCUCACCGACAGCUUACCCUUGGUAAGGUUAGUUACCUCAGGGUAAAGUACGAGGUGUGGUUAGCAGGCAAACACCGACUCUGCCCAAUCAACAAAAAGCUUGGGCGAGUAAUUGCAGCCUGCAAAGGAGACAAGGAGGAAUCAUCAGACCGCUGAAGCCACGCGGCGCACGGUACCCUCGCCCAAUCGCGCGCCUGGAAGCAUACCACCACAGGAGACUACCGGAGCAAUCGUGGUGCUAAGCCGCCUUAUCUCCCCCUUAAAUCCAGGGGACUUGCAUACGCCCCUCCAGCAUUACGGGCGACAAAGUAGCAAACGCCGCUCCGCCAGCGUGCGGGAGAGCCCGGUGUUGGGGCCCAGAGCAGUGUUGGUGUCAUUGAAUUUCAACCCGCCAACAAGCAGCUGUCCACUGUCCUGAGCGGACUUCAGACGCCCCCCCCUCCACCUCGACGGUCGGGCUUCACGAAUUGUCCGUUGGAGGGACUCUUGUGGUCGCCCCGAGAAUUUAACUCGGAGCGCGUCCCACUGGAGCUUCCCUUCGACGUUCUCCAUCGCAACUUUUUUCAACGUUGUUACCCUUCUCAGUUCGCUCUAUUAACCGGUCCCUGAUCUCAUCCUACGACUAUCUAAUGGAUUACACCGGAGGCACCGCAGAGGCCGACCAUCUCUGCGUCCUGGUCCAUGGGCUUUGGGGUAACCCCAACCACAUGGCCCAGAUCGCCAAAAGCUUGCGCGCCAAGUACUCCGCCGACAAGCUACACCUGCUGCUUGCGAAGCGAAACAGUGGCUCUUUCACGUACGAUGGUAUCGAGCGUGGUGGUGAGCGCGUGUGCGCCGAGAUCGAGGAGGAACUGCGCCUUAUUGAGGAGAAGGGCGGCAAGAUCACCAAGCUGAGCAUCGUCGGUUACUCGCUCGGAGGUCUCGUCUCCCGCUACGCCGUUGGCCUGCUUCACUCCAAGGGCAUACUCGAUACCGUGGAAUGCAUGAACUUUGUGACCUUUGCCACGCCACACCUCGGCGUCCGCACACCACUCCGGGGAUGGCACAAUCACUUGUGGAAUGUUCUCGGAGCUCGCACCCUGUCCAUGUCCGGCCGUCAGCUGUUCACCAUCGACAAUUUCCGCGAUACCGGUCGACCACUCCUUGCCGUUUUGGCCGAUCCAGACUCCAUUUUCAUCGCCGGACUAAAGCGAUUUAAACGUCACACCCUAUACACCAAUAUCGUCAACGACAGAAGUGCCGUGCACUAUACUACCGGCAUUACCAAGACCGACCCUUACACCAACGUCGACAAGAUCAAGGCCAACUUCUUGGACGGCUACGAAGAUGUCAUUCUCGACCCCAAUCAUCCCGUGGCGCCAAAGCCAAAGAUCUCGGAGCCGGCCACGCUUUCGUCUGUCGCCGGUUCAAGCUGGAAAUGGAUCAAGCGCGUUCCCUUCGCCAUAGCCUUGACGAUUUUCGUCCCCAUUGGUAUAAUUGCGUUCCUGUUCAGCUCAGUCGUCCAGACGGUCCGUUCAUCGAAACGCAUUCAAUUGCACGAAAAGGGGCUCGCGGGCGUGGCAAUUGAUGAAUACCGCGGCCCGCUGUGGAUGAAGGAGAUUCGGGAAGAGGUGGAACACGUGUACGAGACCCUCAACAGCUCACAAGACCAAGAGUUCCUGGGCAGUGAAUCGGAGGAGGAUCUUGACGAGGUCGAAAUGGACCGCAGCACCACGCAGCUCCUGGCUAGGGAAAGGCGCAUGUCGGUGCCGUCGCAGCCUACCCUCGCCUUGGCGCCCUACCAGUUCCAGAUGAUUCAGGCCCUUGACUCUGUGGGUUGGCACAAGUACCCCGUUUGGAUCCACAAGGACAGGCACAGCCAUGCUGCUAUUAUUGUGCGUUGGGAGAAGAAGACGUUUAGCGAGGGCCACGUCGUGCUCAAGCACUGGCUUAACGAAGAGUUCACGGUCUAGACGAGGUAGUUUUGUGUUGUUUUAUUUGGAGUCGGAGUUGGAGUUGGAGAAGCGAUGGAUUUAGAGUUAAUGCUCCUCUCGGAGAGUUCAAGUUACCUCCUGUACAAAUCAUGAUCAGCCGUACGUUUCUCCCACCACAGAUCUUUGAAACCUGCGUGAUUGUCGUAUAUAGGCUUUACAGCCCAAGAAGAUUCAAACUUGAGCUGUUUGUUUGCACCCCG